ACUGUCGCGGCAGUCACUUUGCUCUCGCGCGCCCCGGCGAUCUGAGUCCUUUAGGAGCGGGAAGGUGCGUCCGGGGUGAUGGGAACGAGAAAGCGAUAGGGGAGGGGUUGUCCCCACUGCACGGCAGCUGGCGUGAGGUCGACGGCGGUGGUUGACAACUGUGCACGGGUCCCGUCUCUGUCGCCGGCUUCUUAUGACCCCCGCUCCGCCCAUACAGUCCGAUGGCCGGGGCCACGCCCGGAACCCUGCUCAGAUUCCCAUGACCAGAGAAGCACUUACGGACUGUGGGAAGGGCUGUGUGACCUUUGAGGACAUUGCUGUGUACUUCUCCCGGGAGGAGUGGGGGCUCCUUGACGAGGCUCAGAGACACCUGAACUGCACCAUGAUGCUGGAGAACUUGGCACUCAUAGCUUCAUUGGCCCCUGCAAAGGCCCCCUUGUCAAGUUUGUUGGCAUGGGAUGGAGGAUGAAGAGGCACCUUUUGAACAGAGCGUUUCUGGAGAAGUUUUGUCACGGGUCAGGACUCCAAAG